AUGACCAUGCUUGCAUUUCAUCAAAUAUCAAUUCGGAAACGCCUGGAAAAAAAUGGCAUUACUAUAAAUAGGAAGCAAAUUUCUUUCUUCAAAACACAAAUCAUGUAUAUCAACUUACUUACCAUUUUACUCACAAUCGUGAGUGUUGGAGCAGUCACAGUAGGUAAUUGUGAAAUUACCGACAUCGAGGAAGGUUGGACAGUUGAUUAUUAUAAUAAUACCAUGGGAAACUGUGGAGGAACCACCUGUCUCAACUUCCUUAAUAUUUUGGAUGAUGGAACACCAAAUUACACAUUUCAUAACAUUAAGAAUUUGACUGUUGAUUACAAUCGUACCAUAACUGUUAUAAAUUAUGCUUAUCUUUAUGGACAGUAUCUUGAUGUUAAUUCUUUUGGUCUGAGAGCUACUGGUUAUUUCUAUGCUCCUGAAGACGGUAAUUAUACUUUCGUUUUUGAUGGUGCAGAUGAUGCUGCUGCAAUUUACUUGUACACCAAUUUAGAUUACGAUUGUUGUGGUCAAAUUGAUGAAUUGACUGGCUCUGUCCCCAUCAUGGCGGCGACUUACUCACGUACACCACCAGAUUAUGAGGUAACUUUACAAAAGGGUUAUUAUCCAAUGAAGAUUAUGUAUGUGAACUAUGGUAACAGAGGUGUAUUGAAAUUCCAUGUCGUAUAUCCUGACGGGAGUAUAAAGUCUACUGAUGAUUUGCCGGGCUAUUCGCCAGGACAAGAUAAUGGAUGUGUUAGGACCACUACUAUUACAACUUCUUGGACAGAAAAUUAUAGUUCCACCACCACCACAGCUCCCACAGGAACUGGUAACAUCACUGCUACGGUUAUUGUAGAAGUACCCCCAUUAUCAACUACUACCCUUACUAGUGGUUCAGUAACAACAACUUACUUGACUACUAUUACCACUGGUUCGGUUCCUGUUACUGAGUAUGUUACUGU